AUGUUUAAAAGGAUCGCUAAUAAGAGGUUCUUUUCCACCUCAUUGGGACCUUUGAACAAGGCCAAACCUCCAAGAGCAACAACCAUAAAGCCCCCUACUACAUCCUCAGUUCCACCACAUAACGUUGAGGUCUUGCAAGCUUCAUUUCUAGGCAAAUUAUUCAAAUACACAUUCGGUGCAGUUGCACUUGGUGUUGUGGGUGGUGCAAGUGUUGUUGCGUACAAAAUAUAUGAAGAAUCCAUGCCGGCUAAACAACAGAAACAAACACCAUUCUUCCCCAAUGGCCAAAAGAAAAAGACUUUGGUCAUCUUGGGAUCUGGAUGGGGAUCAAUUCCAUUGUUGAAAAACUUGGACACCACUUUAUACAAUGUCGUUAUUGUUUCACCAAGAAACUACUUUUUGUUUACUCCCUUGUUGCCUAGUGUCCCCACCGGUACUGUUGAAUUGAGAUCCAUUAUUGAACCAGUUAGGUCCAUCACUAGAAGAUGUCCUGGUGAAGUUGUCUACUUGGAAGCUGAAGCUACUUCAAUUGAUCCUGCCAAGAAUCAACUUGUUAUAAAGCAAAGUACAACCGUUCACUCUGGACAUUCCGGUAAAGAUACUUCAUCAACCAAAUCCACUGUGUCUGAGUACACUGGAGUUGAGGAAAUCUCAACCACUUUGAAUUAUGAUUAUUUGGUUGUUGGUGUUGGUGCUCAACCUUCCACAUUUGGUAUUCCUGGAGUUGCUGAACAUUCUACAUUCUUGAAGGAGGUUAGUGAUGCGUCAACUAUUAGAAGAAGGUUGAUGGAUGUCAUUGAAGCUGCUAACAUCUUGCCAAAGAAUGACCCUGAACGUAAAAGAUUGUUACAUGUUGUCGUUUGUGGAGGUGGUCCAACCGGUGUUGAGGCUGCUGGUGAAAUCCAAGACUACAUUGAUCAAGAUUUGCACAAAUGGGUUCCUGAGUUAGAAGGUGAAUUAAAAGUCACCCUAGUUGAAGCCUUGCCAAAUGUUUUAAACACCUUUAACAAAAAGUUGAUUGAGUACACCAAGGAGGUGUUUAAAGACACCAAUAUCAACUUGAUGACAAACACCAUGAUUAAGAAGGUUGGAGACAAGGAACUAGUUGCCUCGCAAAAACAACCUGAUGGGUCAACAAAGACUAUUGAGAUUCCAUACGGUAUGUUGAUUUGGGCUACUGGAAAUGCUGCUAGAGGCUUCACUCGUGAUUUGAUGUCGAAAAUCGACGAGCAAAAGAAUGCCAAGCGUGGAUUGUUGAUUGAUGACUAUUUGAGAGUUGAUGGUACUUCAAACAUCUUUGCCUUGGGAGAUUGUACAUUUACCAAGUACCCACCCACAGCACAAGUUGCAUUCCAAGAAGGUGAAUACUUGGCCAAGUAUUUUGAGAAGUUGCAUCAAGUUGAAAGUCUCCAGUACCAAAUCCAACAUCCAACUCCCAAGCAAAGUGUCGAGCUGUUGAGCAAGAAAUUGGCUAGGGCUGAAAAGAAUUUACCCAAAUUCCAAUACAAUUACCAAGGUUCAUUAGCGUAUAUUGGUUCUGAAAAGGCAGUUGCCGAUUUGGUGUGGGGUGAUUGGUCAAAUAUCACUAGUGGUGGUAACUUUACCUUUUUGUUUUGGAGGUCUGCUUAUAUCUACAUGUGUCUUUCAGUGAAGAACCAAUGUCUUGUUGUUUUGGAUUGGAUGAAGGUUGCUUUAUUUGGAAGAGAUUGCUCUAAGGAGUAG